AUGAAUUGUUCUCCAUUUCAGAAAAUUCUUUCCAGCCUUUCCAGCCUUCUUUGGACCUUGGUCAAUAUGGGAAUCCCUGAUCAAAUUUACCUGCUAGGUCGAGAUGAGGCCGAGACUAAACGCCUCAAUAGUCAGCAUCGUUUUCUCGUUGAUCUAUCCAAUCUCAUCCAUCCAUCUAUUCCAAGAGACAUUACAGCUGUCGCCGAUUUAGGUACUGGCACGGGUGUCUGGCUCGAAGAUGUCGCCAACCUGCUUCCCAACAAAUCAGUCUACCUCCACGGCUUCGACAUUUCAUCCGCACAAUACCCACGCGGCCACGAGAUCCCACGACCUGGUCAAACCCCAAUCCCACUAAGCGUCCACGACGUACUUCACCCAUUCCCAACAGAGCACUGUGGCCGAUAUGACCUCGUGCACAUCCGACUCCUAACCGCAGGCCUCAAGCAAGGCGAUUAUGCACGAGUCGUUGCCAAUGCGCGAGCCUUACUAAAACCAAACGGCUGGAUCCAAUGGGAAGAAGUCGACCACACAGCUUUCUGCACAGAUGCAGUCCCAGAGCCAGCAGCGAUAACCCGGCUGCGGGAAUCCGUGAUCGAAGCGAUGCUGAAACUCGGCCUGUGGCCCUUCGCUCCAAAACGUGUGUACGAAGAGAUCUCGGCGAAUGGGUUCAUCGACGUCGUCCGUGAGACUUAUACUACUGAUGGGAAGAAGCAUAUGCGGCCUAUCGCGCAGAAAUGGGUCGCUGGUGUGAUGCGUGCCCUGGUGCCACCUUCGAUGGUUGUUACUGGUCAAGCUGACGAUACUGAUCAGGCACGUGUGAUUGUUGAGGGAUUGGUGCGCGAGUUUGAGGCUCAUUGUGAGUCUGCGACAGCGCUGGUUAAUUUUGGGGUCACGGUUGGUCGGAGGGAAGCUCCGCCCAAAGGGCGAAGCACGAUUCAGGUUACCGCAAUUAUGGUAGCGCUUGCAUUGGCGAUGUUUAUCGCCGCGCUAGAUCAAACGAUCAUGGCUACGGCGAUCCCAACAAUCGCCGCCUACUUCCACUCCUCUGCUGGGUACACGUGGAUUGGCGGAGCGUACCUUCUCAGUUCUGCUGCAAGCGCAUGUAUCUGGGCCAAGCUUUCUGAUAUCUGGGGCCGGAAGCCCAUCUUGCUUUUGGCUGUUGCGUGGUUUUUCCUCAGCUCGAUUCUUUGCGCUGCUGCUACUAGUAUGGAGAUGUUGAUUGCGGGUCGGGCGCUGCAGGGUGUUGCUGGUGGUGGUUUGCUCCAGCUGGUUACAAUUAUUAUUUCUGAUUUAUUCAGUGUCAGACACCGCAGUUUAUAUCUCGGCCUGAUGGAGGUCAUGUGGGCUUUUGCUGGUGGUGUUGGACCGUUGCUCGGCGGUGCAUUCAGCCAGUAUGUCACUUGGAGAUGGACUUACUGGAUCAAUCUUCCGAUCUCUGGGAUGACCUUUGUGCUUCUUUUCUUCUUCUUGGAUGUACACAACCCCCAGACGAAAAUCAUGGAUGGCGUCCGCGCCAUCGACUGGUUCGGCAGUGUCUCUGUCCUGGGCCUUACUCUCAUGCUUCUGUUGGGAUUGGACUUUGGCGGAGAGACAUUUGCCUGGAGCUCACCACAGGUCAUCUGUCUGAUUGUCUUUGGAUCUCUAUGUUCCUUGCUGUUCGUCUACAGCGAGAAGAAACUAGCCAAGUAUCCCUUGAUGCCUAUGGAUAUCUUCGCUCGAUCCUCUAACAUUGCUACCUUGCUGGUAGCAUUUGCGCAUGGCUUUGUCUUCAUCGCCGGGGAAUAUUACAUCCCCCUCUACCUACAGUCUGUGCACGGCUCGUCACCAAUGGGCUCCGGUGUCCUCAUUCUCCCGCUUGUCGUGAUGGAAGCAUGCUCCGGCAUGAUUGCCGGCGCAAUCAUCCACCGCACAGGUCGAUACCUAGAACUCGUCUGGACCGGCCUGGUACUAAUGACCAUCGGUAACGGGCUGUACAUCAACCUCGGCGUGGGAUCAUCCGUCGGCAAGAUCGUCGGGUACCAGAUCAUCAGCGGUCUAGGUGCCGGAUUCCUCUUCCAAACACCCAUUAUCGCCAUCCAGGCCAUGGUCUCCCAGGAGGACACUGCCACCGCCACGGCAACCAUUGGCUUCAUUCGCAACAUGGCAACCGCGGCUUCCAUUGUGAUCGGCGGUGUUGUCUUCCAGAAUAGUAUGAGCCAGAAGCAGUCCAGCCUGUUGGCUUCCGGUAUGUCGACCAGCAUGGCGGCUCAGAUGUCUGGGGACUCGGCUGCUGCCAGUAUCGAGUCGAUCAAAUUCAUCACCGAUCCAGAGCAGCUGCUUGCUGUUAGGGAGGCUUUCGCUUGGAGUCUGAGGAACAUGUGGAUUCUUUACACGUGCAUGUCUGCUGUUGGUGUCUGCUUUUCGGCUUUUAUUCUCAAGACUAAGCUGAAAAAGGAGCAUGUUGAGACUAAGACGGGACUGAAUGUGGAGAAGACGCCGGUCGUUGAGAACGUUAGUGUAUAG